AUGGAAGCUCUCAGGAAUUGGACAGAGAGGAAUCCCGUCGAACGUGAACUGACUGAGAAGCUGUCAGACCGAAAAAAGCCCCCCUUUCUACGAGACAGAUCAUUUCAAGCCCUCCAGAAAGACAAACGAGUUAGAGGGUGUGUCUAUUGUGAGAAAUCUGACCACAAAUCAGUUGAUUGCAAAACAGUUGCAUCGGUCGAUGAGCGUAAGCGAGUGCUAAGCAACAAACACCUUUGCUUCAAUUGCACCAGUACCAGACAUAAGGCUGCAGAUUGCAAAUGUGCAUUGUGUCAAGUUUGUCAAAAGAGGCAUUACACCUCCAUUUGUGAUAGGCUUGGUGAACAACUGAUGACAGCCACCUCAGCUGGGAAAACAGCGGUGAUACAUCCAGUUGUAGUUGUGAAGGUCCAAGGCGUGAAAUGUCGUGCACUUUUGGACACUGGAGCGGGUAGUUCUUACGCUUCGGCAGCACUCCUCAACCUCCUACGAGCUCACCCUUAUCAACGUAAGGUACGCCAAAUCGAGAUGAUGUCAGGCAUGGUUAUGAAGCAAGUAGAAAUAUUUCAAGUGCAGGUCAGUUCAACCUCUGGGGAAUUUUGCUUAAACACUGAGGUAACUAAAGUGGACAAAAAUCAACUACUCUCUUUGGAAAACUCUCGAUAUGAGCAGUGCUCGGCCAAGUAUGUCCACCUGAAAGGAACUGAAAUGGAAGACAAAGACUCUAAGGAUAUCCUGCCAGUAGAUCUCAUCCUUGGAGCCAGUGAUUUUGCGAAAAUCAAGACUGAAACUGCACCCCAUGUUGGAGCCCAAGGUGAGCCUAAAGGAGAGAAGACCAAGUUCAGUUGGACCAUAAUGUCUCCUGGAAAGGAAGUGGAUUUAUCUCCAAUGUUCUUCACACAGACCUCACACGUAGACUAUGACAACUUGUGCAAGCUAGAUGUACUGGGCCUGUCUGAUUCGUCCACUGGUGACCAAACUGAAGUUUACGCAGAAUUCAAGGAGCAGUUGACACAGGACGCAGAAGGAUGGUAUGAAACGGGGCUCCCAUGGAGAGGCAACCAUCCUCCCCUUUCCAGCAAUGAAGUAGUAAGUCUUAGACAGUUGGGGAACCUUGUGAGAAAGUUACACAGCCAAGGAACAAUUGAAAGGUGUGAUCAAGUCAUCCAGGAUCAGAUCAAGGCCGGCAUAGUCGAAAAGGUUUCUGGACCGGUGACCGGAAGUGGGGAGUUCUACAUCCCACACAAGCCAGUGGUGCGUGAAUCGGCAGAAACCACUAAGCUUCAUGUCAUUUAUGAUGCAUCGGCUCGUGCGAACUCUGGAGUACCUUUGUUGAAUGAAUGUUUAAAUCCUGGGCCUCCCCUUCAAAAUCAGUUGUGGAAUGUGUUGGUCCGUGCUCAUUUCCACCCUGUUGCAAUUGCAGGAGAUAUCAAACAAGCCUUUCUCCAAGUCAGAAUCCAAGAAGAAGACCGUGACGCGCUAAGGUUUCACUGGUUAAAAGAUCUGAACAGCCAGACAUUAGAAGUACUUAGGUUUACCAGGGCGCUCUUUGGCCUCACCUGCUCACCAUUUCUCCUUGGGGGAGUUGUACAGCAUCUCCUGGAAAGCUGCAGAGAAAAGUACCCAAGGAUUGUUUGUGAAAUUGAGAAAAGCCUUUAUGUAGAUGAUCUCAUCAGUCGAGCGUCCACUCUGGCACAGGCAGAAACAAUCAAAUCAGCAUCGAUAGAAAUAUUUGCUAAAAGAACAUUUGAGUUGCACAAGUGGCACUCAAACGUGAAGGAGUUGGAGUCAGCAUAUCCAGUACCAGUUUCAGAAGAGGAAACAUACGCAAAGGAGCAGUUAGGUACCUCAAGAAAGGAAGGAGCUUCUCUACUCAGUCUACAGUGGAACAAAGAGAGUGAUACCACUAGCGUUAUCUUCCCAUCAGAGGGCACCGAGCCAACAAAGCGAGGGAUUCUCGUGACCUGA